CGGGAAACAAAUCUGAAAGGGGGAGGGGAUAACAAGCUACGGCAGCGCCGCCAUAUUGGCACCGAGCAGUAAACGGAAAUCUGGGAGACCGGGGAUCAGCUCUCUGCCCUAGGCAUUAGGUGGACACUGCCCACCAGAGCUGUACCUCGUGGUCAACUCUAUCCCCAUUUCCGAUUCUACACUUUUCUGUCAGCAUGGACCAAGAUUAUGAAAGGCGCCUUCUGCGACAAAUCAACCUCCAGAAUGAGAACACUAUGCCUUGUGUAUCUGAAAUGAGAAGGACAUUGACACCAUCCAAUUCUCCUAUGUCUUCUCCAAGUAAGCACGGAGAUAGGUUUAUUCCAUCACGAGCAGGAGCAAACUGGAGUAUCAACUUCCACCGAAUAAACGAAAACGAGAAAUCUCCAAGCCAAAACAGAAAAGCCAAAGAUGCCACUUCUGACAGUGGGAAAGAUGGGUUAGCAUACUCUGCCUUGUUGAAGAAUGAACUGUUGGGUGCUGGAAUUGAAAAGGUUCAGGAUCCCCAAACCGAAGACCGUCGCCUUCAGCCAUCCACGCCUGAAAAGAAGAGUCUUUUUACAUAUUCCUUAAGCUCAAAGCGAUCAAGUCCUGAUGAUGGAAAUGAGGUGUCUCCAUAUUCUUUGUCACCUGUGAGUAACAAAAGUCAGAAACUUUUGCGCUCUCCACGAAAACCCACACGGAAGAUUUCCAAAAUUCCAUUUAAAGUACUUGAUGCUCCAGAAUUGCAAGAUGAUUUCUACCUCAACCUGGUGGACUGGUCGUCUCUGAAUGUUCUGAGUGUUGGAUUGGGGACCUGUGUAUAUCUAUGGAGCGCAUGUACAAGCCAGGUGACGAGGCUCUGUGAUCUGUCAGUGGAAGGAGAUUCUGUGACAUCAGUGGGUUGGUCUGAAAGAGGAAAUCUUGUUGCUGUAGGGACCCAUAAAGGUUUUGUACAAAUUUGGGAUGCUUCUGCAGGGAAAAAGCUGUCCACUCUAGAGGGCCAUACAGCCAGAGUCGGUGCUUUGGCGUGGAAUGCAGAUCAGCUGUCCUCCGGUAGCAGGGACAGGAUGAUCCUGCAGAGAGACAUCAGAACGCCACCUAUACAGUCAGAAAGGAGGUUACAAGGGCACAGACAAGAGGUUUGUGGUCUCAAGUGGUCCACUGACCACCAACUGCUUGCAUCUGGAGGGAAUGACAACAAGCUCCUGGUAUGGAAUCACUCCAGUCUGACCCCUGUCCAGCAGUAUACAGAGCACCUGGCUGCCGUUAAGGCAAUUGCUUGGUCGCCUCACCAACAUGGUCUCCUUGCUUCAGGAGGGGGCACAGCUGAUCGUUGCAUCCGGUUCUGGAACACACUCACUGGUCAACCACUUCAGUGUAUUGACACUGGUUCACAGGUCUGCAACCUGGCCUGGUCCAAGCAUGCUAAUGAACUAGUGAGCACACAUGGCUAUUCUCAGAAUCAGAUCCUAGUGUGGAAGUAUCCGUCUCUUACACAGGUAGCAAAAUUGACCGGACAUUCUUACAGAGUUCUCUACCUUGCCAUGUCUCCAGAUGGGGAAGCUAUUGUCACAGGAGCUGGAGAUGAAACAUUGAGAUUUUGGAAUGUUUUUAGCAAAACACGAUCAACGAAGGAAUCUGUCUCCGUUCUCAAUCUCUUCACCCGGAUACGAUAAUCUAUUCGUCCUUCUCUGGUUUUUCCCUCAUCUUUCAUCACUGAGCCGGGAAUUUCUUGCUUUCCAAACCAGCAAAGAGACUAAUGUUCUGUGUCCAGUUCAGGGAUUCACCAGUAGCCUAUACAGGCCGGGGAGCAUUAAAUAACACUGUUCUAUCUCAAAUUCAGUUUUCCAUCAUUGACAUUGGAGGAAGGAGAAGACGCCUGAUUUUCAUAUAAUGGGUAGUGGUUAUAAACAACCAUUCUGAUCAUGUUCUAUAGAUAUGUAUUUAAAGGAGUCGUCACAUCUGGACAUUUAUGACAUAUCUAGAGGUUGUGCCAGAGCCAACUCUGGGAGCCACUCCUAUAUAAAGUAUGGGGCCCUGUCGUGAAUGGAGAGCAAACAGCACAUGUGUGGUUUUCUCCAUUCACUGCUGUGGGUCCUCUGACAAUAGCUGACUUCUGGUGGGACCACGUUCUUGAGAUAGAAGUUGGUCCCAGAGGUGGGUAUGCCAUAAAUGUCCAGGUUAGACAACCCCUUUAAGUGCAUGUAUAUAAAUGCUUAUGUAUAUCUUAUCUUGGAAUUGACCCCCUGAGGAUUGAAUAUUGCAUUGUCUAGCAGCUAGAAAGCUACCAUCGGAACAAUUAUUUUAAGCUUUUUGGGACUACACUCUGUUUUAUAGAGGCACAGAAAAUCCCCAACAAAAUGGUCUUGUUUGCAUGCAAAGGAUAUCCUAUACUAUAUAUAGAGCCUACUCGUUACAGUUCUACUUGCAACUUUUCACAUAACCUUUUAUUUGAGAGUAUAUCUGUCCUCAGUCUGAGGUGGGAGGGUGUAAACAAAGGGGAGGCUCAUUUUAUGGUCUUAUUGUAGCAAAAUAUGUGUUUAGUUCUGUGACGUUUCUUUUUUUAUGGGUGAUGUUCUGUAUUUUAAAUGUUAAUUUAAAAUGACCGUUUCAGGAUCAGUCAGACAAACUGCCUGAUCUUGUUCCCUCCCAUUUUUUUGUUGCAUUGUUUUGCACGUCGGAGGAAUUUAGAGGAAGAAGAAAGUUGUUUGCUCAAGGAAAGCACUUAGUUUUGGAAUCUGGACUCCGUUGGUAUUGUAACGUUUCAGUGAAUGGGUUGGUGUAAGAACUUGUCUGAUGCGCUAUGCUAAAAGUGGAUUCCUCCUUUUUUUUUUUUUUUCCUCCCCCAGAAGCGGGGCAUGUAAAUCUCAAUAUUCUUUGUUUUUAAAGAAAAGAAAAAAAAAAAGCCGCUUGAUGUUAAACUGUGAAGGGUGUGUUUAUUUGUAACUGAGCAUUGUGUUCUAGCUAGAUGUUGUACUUCAGCUUCUCCAUUGUGUAGCUUGUACAGAUGAAGCACAUAGGGGCACAUCUUAAUAACCCCUAUACCUGGCGGAUCGGCCGGAGUUACGAGGAGGCGUACCCUCUACAUAACUUCGGCGGAUGGACCGCCUCUUCUAAAUGUAAGACCGCUUUAGAUCAUUUUCUAUGCCUAAAACCGGCAUAGAAAGUGGUAAAGGAGGAUGGGCUUGUCAGCCCGCCCACUUUUUUAGACCUGCCAUGAGUGGGGAGAAGUCGCAGAUUGUGGCGCAAAAUACCUUUGCACCGCAAUCUGUGCCAGAAAUACGCCUAAUUUAGCCGUAUUUCUGUUUAAUAAAUGACCCCCAUAGUUUCAGUCUAUUUCACCUCUACAAGUUGCGUGGCUGAAAAACGCAUUGCAGAUCUGCAGUAAGUCUCUGUAAAAUGGUAAGUGGUGUACUAGCUGUGUGCCAGAAACUGCUGUAUGUACGAACACGGUUAUGCAGUUUGGCGAGGGGGAUGACAUUUAGAUAAAGCAGAUGAUUCUCAGGAAGGAUUCGUUCCCUCCUGAUAAUCGCCUGCUGAUCAAUGAAGGAGACUGCUGCUAUUGCAUGCAGCGAUCUCCUCCAUACAGAAUCAUCAUUUACUGGCAGUGGAGGCUGUUUAGCUAGCACAAUCUGUAUGCUGGCAAAUGAUGAUUUAGGUGACCACACAAACGAACCUGUUACCUGAUGAACGAGUGUUUCGCACAUGGUGUAAUCAGCGACACCUUUACACCAACAGAUCAUUGCUAAUGAGCGUUCCUAUCAAUGCUUGUUGGCUGUUAUCUGGCCAAUGCUCAGCCAGUGUAAAGGGGC